AUGUCGAGCAAUGGCUUCCUCGUCCCGGACUCAUACGUCUUUCACGCCCCCAACGAUGUCGAUAUGAACUGCUCCAGCAUCUUUUGGGGCUUUUCCUUUGCAUUCGUCUUCUUCGCCGCCCUCCGAGCCGCCAUUCAGACCUUGGACACAUGGAGACGAAAGCGCCAUGUCACGGCGUACCUCGUCAUGAUCUGGGUUGGAUGGGCAGUGAAUAUCGUGCUUGGUGCUUUCGCUUGGUGUUUUCAACGUGGAUUUAUUAAACCAAGCUUUCAAUUGUUCUUCCUUAUAGCCUGCUUCUGGUCGCUUCAGAUCCAGCUUCUCACACAGAUCAUCGUCAACCGUCUCGCACUUCUGAUGCCCAACCCCGCCGCCGUCUCCCGCCUAAGAUGGGCAGUCUUCUUCCUCAUAUUGCUGGUCAAUAUCAGUGUCAUGGUCACCUGGGUCCCCGCCCAGCUUCAGAUCUCACACAAGUGGAUGCGAAUAAGCGAGAUCUGGGAGAGAUGCGAAAUGGCCAUCUUUUCCAUCAUUGAUCUAUCGCUUAACCUGCGCUUCGUCCAACUGGUCCGAAACCGGAUGGUCAGUCACGGGCUCAACAACAAGUACCUCUCCUUGUUCCAGUUCAACUGUGGUAUGAUCCUGGCCUCCAUUUCUCUCGAUAUCGCGCUCAUCGGGCUCAUGUCCUUGCCCAGCAAGCUUGUUUACCUCCAAUUCCACUCCCUAGCCUUUUUGGUCAAGCUGUUCAUCGAAAUGAACAUGUCAGAUCUCAUCACUAAGGUUGCUCAAGACCGCAAUCGCAACGGCUCAGACAGACACAGCCGAACACCACCAGCAGACCGCAUUCUAUCUCUGGCUACAAAGAGUGCACCCGGAAGACUCAGGGCAACUCAGGUACCCGCUGGCAAUGGAAGUGUGGUUGAGGUGGGCCCGAAACGACGCUCUUACCCCGCAGACGGACGCAUCCAUAUCACGGUCGAGACCGCGAUAACUCGCAAGUCGAUUGAUAGUGAGGAUGAAACUGCAAGUCAAAGGAGUCUAACAAGGGGGAUGUGA